CCCCGUUCCGUUCCGUUCCCGCACAGGCCAGACCUGGCUGAUUGACUUUUCGGUCCCGGCCGAGCUCACACACCCCCACACACGCUCCGCACCCCGUCUGCCUCACAUGUGGAACCGCCCCCACCCCCCCUCUCACACUCCCGUCCCGGCGCCCUCUCCCCCCUCCUCCGCGUCCUCCCCCGCGCCGUCGCCGGGCCGCCGCUGCCGUCCGAGCACGACCGGAUCCGGGUCGCGGCCCUUCCGCGGAUGGACGCGACCUCGCCGUCGGGGCGCCCCACCACGCCUCGGCGGCAGCUGCAGCUGCAGGGCCCGCGCCCGCCGCGGCUCAGCGUGCGCCCCGAGUCGCACGCCAUCAAGAAGCCCUCCGGGGCGCCGCCGCAGGCCCAGGGGCAGGGCCAUGCCCGGCGGGAGGAGAAGCAGCAAGGCCAGCCGCCGCGGGAGCCGGUGAUCAUCUACGACGCGUCGCCCAAGAUCAUCCACACCAAGCCCAGCGAGUUCAUGGCGCUCGUGCAGCGCCUCACCGGCCCCGGCUCUGGCGCGCUCCCCUCCGAGGCCCAGACCCAGGACUACCAGAUGGACGAGGCCGUGCCGGGGCAGUCCUUCCUGCCGCCGGAGCUUCUCCUCUCGCCGUCCGCCGCGAUGUCCCCGGCAGCGAGGCUGGCUACCAUCGAGAGGUCCGUCCGGCCGAUGCCCGCGCCGACGCCGGAUUACGUGGACUUCAAUAACUACAGAUUCGACGACGGCGGCCUCGCGGCGGUUCUCGGCGCGGGACGGCCUGGGCCCGGCAUCCUGUCCCCUUUGCCGUCGUCCCUGCCGCCGGCCGCGGCGUCCGUGCUGUUCUCGCCGCUGCCGUUCGACCCGAACGGCCUCAGCUGGCUGAACGAGCUGAGCCCCAUCCUCCGAGCGGCGUCCACCGGCGCCGCCUCCUCAGGCAGCGGCAGUGGCGGCGGCGGGACUAGCAACGGCGGCGCUUACAGGCAACCACAAUCCUACUACUCCGACCCCUUCGUCCCGAGCCCCCGCAACCUCCUUGCCACGCCCACCGUGCCGUCGCCAAGAACCUUCGCGGAGCUCAUGAGCAACCUGCCGGAUCUCUAGGCCGCCGCCUCCGUCAAAGACGGCACCAGCGGCCGAAAUUUCUCCUUUUCUUUUUCUUUUUUUGCUUCUCCAAUUUUGGGGGGUUAGGCACAGCCCGGUGUGGUGGGCCCCCGUAGUGAUGACAGGUUAAUUAGUGAAAAAUUAUCCUUUGGGUUUUAUUAAUUCUUGUUGGCAACCACUUGCCCACUAGGCAGCGAGGAAAGGGGGAGGACGGGAUGGAGAAAGCAAUGCUUAAAGUCAGCAGUGGUAGAAGGUUACUAGAAGCCGGCCGACCGCCCCCCUUGCUUAGAUUUUUCUUUGGAUUUACAUCUCUUGUGUAAGCUGAGGAAAUGAUUGUUUGAUAAUGCACCAUGACUUUAUUCUUUUACCCUA